AUGACCCAGCAAGUCUUCUCUCUUGCGGCCACUUUGGGAUCUGAGAGUCCUGUGUGGAAGGGCUCUCGCUCGACGGAUCAAAGGUCUGAUCCUGCAGAUUUAUCUUACUAUUACUCGAAUGUCAAUCUUAACCCAAGGCUACCAUCUCCUCUGUUGUCCAAGGAGGAUUGGCGGUUUGCAGAGAGGUUACAAGGAGGGAAUUCGACGAUUGGAGAUAGAAGGAAGUUGAAUAGGAUUAAUACUGAUGGUGCUGAGGGAUCCCCAUUUUCAAUGCCUACAGGAUUCAAUUCUAAGAACCAAGAGAGCGAGAAUGAGACGGAAUGGGAUGUUGAUGGAUUAAUUGUUUUGCCUGGAUUAGGGCUGGGUAGCAAACAGAAGAGUCUUGCAGAAAUAUUUCAGGUGAAUAACUUGCAUAAAUUUUCUGCCUUCUCAUAG